UGCUCCUGGCGAUGACUUCAUUUAUCACAGAACAGAACCGACGGAAGAUGUGAGGAAACGAAACUUCGGCUCAGCCUCAUUUUUUUUCUCUCAACGAGCAGGCAAUCAGAGGCGAGCAAAGAUAUGACGUUCGGAAACCGGUUCGGAGAAUAAAAAGGAGGGCAGCAGAGAGAGAGAGAAAGACACCCGGGGAGGCAGAGCUGAGAACCGGGUAGUUCCAGUGAGCGAACGGAGUUCUGUUCACAUAUUGCAUCCAGAUCGUAGAGCCGGCGCGGAUAAAGCAGGUGGAAGACAAACUGCUGAGAAAGGAGCUUUGGGAACGAGUCUGCUGUUGAACUUUCCUGAAGCGGAGCCUCCAGCGAGGAUUCAAUUUGACAACAUGAGACUCCAGGUGAAGUUUAUGACUGGUGAUGUUGUCUCACUUGAUAUCAACACUUCCAUCCAAGUGUCAGCCCUUAAGAUGAUGAUAUAUGAGAAGACCAAGGUGCCUGUUUACCAACAGCGUUUGGUGAUACAAAACGGGAACUCGCAAGAGCUGAAGGAUGACAAGAGGUUGUCUGACUACUGUGUCCCUCCCAGUAACACUGUCAUUCUGAUCGUCAAGAAUGAGGAUCGCAUGCAGAUAUUCCUGCAGAACGAUAAGGGAAAACUGUCGACAUACGAUGUUCUUCCAUCUGAGUCUGUUCAGGAGUUUAAACAACGUGUACAACGACAGGAGGGAGUCCCAGCCAAUCAGCAGCGCCUGACGUACGAUGGGAGACAGCUGGAGGAUGGCCACUCGCUCGCUGACUACAAUAUUCAGCCAGAGAGCACGAUCUUCCUCCUGCUGCGCCUGCGGGGUGGCUCACUGUGACAGCGCCAGUACUUAUCAAAAUCUACUGUUUUACUUUCCAAUUGUAAAAUUCCUAUACAGUAAUGGAUGACAGUUAGUAAGAUAAUGGACUUUAGGCUGUCACUGUUGGUCUGUAUAAUAUAUAACAGUGGGCUCCUCCAGCCCAUAUUCCCCUAUUCAGGCAGGCCAUAACCAGCAAUGCCAAACAGUAAGAGAUAUGCCAGUGGAGGGAGGGCAAAAGAAGGUGAAAAGGGAAGUGGCAAGUAUUUUUUUUAUUGAAUAAAUUUUGUCAAAGACCACUGAACCCGUUUCUUUUGGACCUGGUUUGAGAUUAGGCCCAAUCUCCCUCAAUUUAUUCUUCGUGGGGAACCUUGCUGAAGUGACAUGGGUCAGUAAUCAUACCAUGCACAUGCUCAAAAUAAGAAAAUGAUUCUUUUUUUCUUCUAAAUAGCAACACCAAUGAGAUGUGUCAUGAGGUUGUUAAUAUAAAAGUGGAGAAUUGGGGCACUUUUUGCUGUGCCCUGACACACACCUGUAAUAAUUGGAUAGACCUGACGGUUAAAAUGUAGAACAAAGUUUUCUUCAGUUAACAAUGGUGUUAAAUAUUCCAUAAAUAUUUUCUUUGAUAUAACUUUAUUUGAGGCUAUCUGUGUUUUUAAUUAUGUCAAUAGAAGACUUAGGUUUUUUCAACAUCAAUGCAUAUAUUGCCUGGACUGUGUAUUUUUCAAGCUGCAUAAUGUGACUUGAAAAUCAAGCUGGUUCUUUGGAUUCAGGUUGAAAUGCUAUCUGUUGCUUCUUCUUCAUCACCUGUAGGUGACAAUUAUCUAUGAAUCAAUGCAUCAGGUCUCCAAGUGUGAAACUGUUUCCAGGCGAUUUGUCAAACUCAGUACAUUUAAAUGAACAACAAAAAUGUGUGGUGAGCUCAUCAGCUACCAAAUUGUGCCCAAUCUCAGUGCAAAAUGCACCUCCAGUUGCAGUGUUCCAUUAGGAAAAGGGCACAUCCCAGGUUAUCCCUCUUUCACAAACUAUGUACAGUAUGAUAGAAUUCUUCAGAAAUGGAAGAAUUAAACCUGAUUGUGUAACGUACUUACAUGUAAAUGAUGUUGUUUAGUUAAUAGUGUUUGUAUUGUU